CCCCGCCCGGCUGGAUGCAGCGGCGGGUCCCCGUGGUGGCAGGAGGCGGCUUCCCCCCAGGCACAAGCCGGCUGGGAGCUCGGCCCCCGCCUGCAAGCGCAGGGGCCCGGGCAGCGGCCGGUGCUGGGGGCCUGGGUCUUGGACGGCAGCGCUGAGUGGCCAGAUUCUUCCAUGCGCCCCUGCAUCCCCGGAGGCAGACAGGGGCCGAAGUCGAAGCCCUCGAGCUGCGGGGCCACGACCACCACCACAGACACCGCUGCCACCCGCAGCAACCGCAGCCCCAGGGUCGAGAAGCGUUACCGGCCUGGGCGAGCUCCGGGCCCUGGAGAUUUGCUGGGGCCGCGCCCAGCCCACGCGCCCCGGAGCUGAGGAGGGCCUCGCCGCCGCCGCCGCCGCGCCCCUCCCAGUCCCAGGCCCCAGGGCCGGGCCAGGCAGCAUGAGCCAGGCGGAGCUGUCCACCUGCUCGGCCCCUCAGAGCCAGCGAAUCUUCCAGGAGGCUGUACGCAAGGGAAACACGAAGGAGCUGCAGUCGCUGCUACAGAACAUGACGAACUGCGAGUUCAACGUGAACUCGUUUGGGCCUGAGGGCCAGACUGCGCUGCACCAGUCGGUCAUCGACGGCAACUUGGAGCUGGUGAAGCUGCUGGUCAAGUUCGGCGCCGACAUCCGCCUAGCCAAUCGCGACGGCUGGAGCGCGCUGCACAUCGCCGCCUUCGGGGGUCACCAGGACAUCGUGUUAUACCUCAUCACCAAGGCCAAGUACUCGGCCAGUGGCCGGUGAUGACCGGCGAUGGCUGGCGCCACAACCAGAGGAGGCGCCGCGCACUGCACUCUCCACCCGCCUGGGCUCCUGUCCGCAACUCCUGCGCCCUCCUUCCCUCGCACGACUCGGCUCCAGGAGGGCGCAGGCACACUAGGGGCCGGGGACGGGAGAGCUGGAGGCCCGCGGACCACAUCCGUUAAGCCUUGUGCCCAAGGACCCCCCACCCCCACCCCCGCGGGUCCGGGGUCGCGGGGCAGGCGGCGGCUCGGCGAAGAGUGUUCAGUGUAUGAGUGUGUGUA